AUGCUUUUCAUGACCGCGCAGACUAUGUCAAACUCUUCUGCCAUCAUUCAUCCUCCAGGCUUCUACAUCAUUGGUUUUCAGACAUUUCCUAACAUCAGCGUCUAUAUCAUCUUCCUAGCUGUGGUCUAUAUGGCUACUCUGGUGUUCAAUGCUUUCUUAAUGUAUAUAAUUGCCAUUGAUCACUGCUUACACACUCCAAAAUUUCUGGCUGUUUUCAACCUUGCAUUAGUGGACAUAAUCCUCAACACGACCACCAUUCCCAGCAUGAUUAAAGUCUUCUUUGUGAAAGAUAAUUUUAUUCCAUUCAACCUAUGUCUCGUGCAAAUGUAUUUCUACUAUUCCUUCGUGUCCAUGGAGUCGUAUUCACUUGCCAUACUCGCCUACGACCGAAUGGUUGCAAUAUGUCUCCCUCUGCGCCAGAACAUGCUGAACACAGUGCGGAUCAUGUCGUGCCUUGUCGCCCUGUGCUGGGUGUACAGUCUGGGGAGGCUCGUGUACAGCGUGUCCAUCAUGACUGAACUCUCCUUCUGUGAUUCUGUCAGAGUCUUCAGUUAUUUUUGCGACUAUGCACCGGUGUUCAGACUGGCCUGUAAUGACAACUCGAGGCAGUGGUCCGUAGCCUCCACGUCCAGCAUGGUGAACCUGCUGCUCCCCUUUUUUUUCACGGUCCUGUCCUACAUCAGUAUCUUGACGGCUGUGUUCAGGAUGAAAUCAGUGGGGAGUCGUAUAAAAGCUCUCGCAACUUGCAUUGAACACCUCAUCCUUGUUGUUAUAUUUUAUGUCCCUUUAUUCAGCAUCUUCUUGAUUGGGCUUUAUUUUCAGGGCAUUGACCCGGACCAGCGUGUGCUCAGCCUGUCGCUGGCCUCUUGUAUCCCACCGUGUGUCAAUCCUAUCGUGUAUUCUUUAAAAACCAAAGAAAUUAAAAACAGAGCGAUGGCGCUUUUCCGCAGAAUGAAAACAAGUCCUUGA